AUGUAGCGCGCGCUGCUGACUGGGGGAGAAAAGAGAAGAGAGAGAGAGAGAGAGAGGAGAGAGAGAGAGAGAGAGAGAGGGGGGGGAAACCCGCAGCAGAAGAAAAUAUAAAGAUUCACUCUCUCAUUUAAAAAGUGGAGGAUAACGGAGAACAUUCCCUGCAGGAGGAAGAAGACGACAAGGAGCUGCUAUGAUUCUCUCUCUGGCCGCAGUGACAGCCAUGAGCAGCGGCGGCGGAAGCAGCCUCAACUCCUCCUCCGCCCUCGACCCCUUUGACUCCUCCACCUCCUGGAGCCUGGCCGAGGACCCGUCCAACUCCUCCUCUGAGCCCGUCGUGCGAACUCUGACCCCCGAUCUCCAGCCAGCGACCACUUCCGUUGCUGUCCAGGAAGUCAGCCCCUGGGAUGUUGCGCUUUGCGUGACCGGGACGCUCAUCUCCUGUGAGAACGCUCUGGUGAUAGCCGUGCUGUUCUACACGCCGACGCUCCGGGCUCCGAUGUUCAUCUUGAUUGGAUCGCUGGCGGUGGCAGAUCUCCUGGCCGGCCUGGGCCUCAUCUUGAACUUUGUCUUCACCUAUCUGGUCGACAACUCGCUGGAAUACGUGACACUGUUGUCAGUCGCUCUGCUCAUCUCGGCCUUUUCGGCGUCCGUCCUCAACAUUCUCGCCAUCACAGUGGACCGGUACCUGUCGCUUUACAACGCCCUGACUUACCACACUGAGCGGACGGUCACCUUCACCUACGUGCUGGUGGGUUUGAUCUGGGUGUUGUCCCUCACGCUUGGCUUGCUGCCGGCGUUUGGCUGGAACUGCUUGAAAGACGAGUCGUCGUGCAGCAUCUGCAGGCCCGUCACCAAAAUCAACGCGGUGGCGCUCGCCGUCACCUUCCUCCUGGUUUUCGCCCUGAUGAUGCAGCUCUACCUUCAAAUUUGCAAGAUUGCCUUUCGCCAUGCGCAACAGAUUGCGGUGCAGCACCAGUUUGUGGCCAUCUCCACCACCAAAGGUGUCUCCACGCUGUCGGCCAUCCUGUGUGCCUUCGGGGCGUGCUGGCUGCCGUUUGCCAUGUACUCCAUCGUGGCGGACUCCAGUUACCCGGCGAUAUACACCUACGCCACGGUCCUCCCCGCCACCUGCUGCUCUGUGAUCAACCCCAUCAUCUAUGCGUUUCGAAACCCGGACAUCCAGAAGUCACUGUGGUUGGCCUGUUGUGGGUGUGUCCCGUCCAACCUCUCGCUCCGACCCAGGACCUCCAGUGACGUGUAGCAGGGAAGGUUGGUUUCUGUUUGGCAUGACGCUAGAUGCUGAGUCAGGGCUGCAUGAGGGAGAGGAUGGCAUGGGGAAGACGAGAUCAAGGGGAGGAAGGUGGAAGGGUAUGGCGGAGGAAAGAGAUUUCCUCUACCCCUCAUAUCAGGGCGGAUAGGCUGAUGGUGAACGCACGUCUGGCCACGGUGGCGCUGGCACACGGAGAAGGGAGGACAGUGCAUGGUCCACAAAGAGAUGAGAGCUAACCAGAUCAUGUCCUGCCUGCUUGGAGAAAAACCAACAGAGGCGACGGAGGUGGCGUGAAACCGACUGCAAAACAAAGACUAAGGUACCAUCAUCGUGGUUUAGUGGAAGCCGCAGGUGAUGUGUCAGGUGACGCUUUCAACUGGCCUUCAGGGUGCGAGAGGCCACGCCCACUUCUCAAAGGGUAGCAUACACGUCAGAUGUGUUCUGAAUCUCCAUAGGACCUGAGUUUGGGGCGACGCUGCAUGGUUAUGCAAUCAGAAGGAGAGAAGCAGUCUCAAAAGCCUGUUUGUGUUUUCACUGAUGUGUUUUGAAAUUAGUGUUGUGUGGAUAAAAAUACAAUGAGCUAAAUAUACACAAUGAAUGACCUUGAGUUUUCUCAGUGAGCUUCCUUUGCAGUGCUCAGAGAGGAAAACAAGAAUAUCUCCUCCCGUGAAACGUCCAUGUUCCCUUGAUCUGAUGCAAAUCAAGUAAUUAACGAGUUUAUAGGUACAGUGUGAGAAUAAUUGGUUAUUUAAGUGCCGAGGUUUUAACUAGAUGGCAUCAUUGUUAUAGGCAAAAAGGUGCCUUGAAGAAACGUAUUCACAAGAAGCUGGAGACAAAAUGUGUUUGAGGAAAAACAACCAAUCGUACGUCAUCCCUCGUCAAGCGUUCAAAUCCAAACAGGGAUCUGAUCUACCAGGCUCCCGAUGCAAAGGCAGACGCCGCCACGGUUGGAGGAAACCUAGAGAGGCAGCUCCAUAUUUAGGCCGGCGUGUGUUGUUGUCCUUGGCGUGAUGAAAUCAAAUCUGCUCCCUGUCGGAGAGAAAAACCAGCUUCUCCGCCAGCUCCUGCGCCGUGACUGUGAAGCGGAGAGAGCAGGAUUCAGCACCAAGGACAGCGCCACUGCAGAGCGCCGCUAC